AUGGCUUCAUCAAGAAUAUUCAUUAGGGGCUUGCCACCCAACAUCACAGAGGCUGACUUCCGGAAGCACUUCUCCGCCCAAGGUCGCGAGAUCACCGAUGUCAAGUUGAUGCCCCAGCGACGCAUCGGCUAUGUGGGCUACAAGACACCAGAGGACGCGGACAAGGCAGUCAAGUACUUCAACAGGUCUUACAUUCGUAUGUCCAAGAUCGCCGUCGAGUCAGCUAGACCUAUCUCAGACCCCGCCCUCUUCAGAGCCCAGAGCGCCUCGCAUUCCAAACAUGCAUCGUCACCAUCCACCACAAUCAAGGGCACGGCGCCGACGGUUGACAAGGACGCUGACUCGAGCUUGAAAAAGCGGAAGCGAGAUGAGCCUCCAGCAGCGGAUCCCAAGCUGCGCGAAUUCCUUCAUGUUAUGAAGGAAGGCAGGGAGGGCGCUAUGGAUGAUGGUGUCCGUGGUGGUAUGGGCGAUGGAGUUGCUGCUGUAGCUACCAACGCCGUUCCUGAAGAAGAGAGUGACGAUGAGUACGAGCAGAUCCCCGCUCGCAAGGAGAAGCAACGUAGGGUUGAUUCACCAGAGAAGUCACUGGCUUCCGGGUCUCUGCCAUUACAGCUGAAAGAAGCAAAUGUGGUCCCGGAUGCCAAGGCGCAAGCUCCUGCAGUCGAGGGCUCUGCGGAGUCCAAAGAAGCGACAAAACCAAAUGCUGAAACGCAGGACGCAGUCCCAGAAGAUGACGACUGGCUUCGCUCACGAACCAACAGACUGUUGGACCUCGUUGAUCCCGAUGAUCUGGAACGAACUCCUGUGCAAGGGCCUUCCACGACUGAGACCGAUCAUGCAGAGGGAGGCGAUGCAAUGGAUAUCACUCCUGCUGACCCGCCAGCUGCAAAUGACGCGCCGAUGGUUGAGACAGCGGUGGAGGCUUUAGGGGACGAACCAGCAAAAGACGACACGCUCGAGUCGAUCCGCCGAACGUCUCGACUGUUUGUCCGAAACUUGCCCUACAGUGCCACCCAAGAGGAUCUUCGCGCGGCCUUUGAGCAAUUCGGAACACUUGAAGAGGUUCAUCUACCGGUCAGCAAUUCAGGUACCAGUAAGGGGUUCGCCCUGAUUCUGUUUACUGAGCCAUCGGGAGCGGUUGAAGCAUUCCAAGCCAUGGAUGGCACGACGUUUCAGGGGCGUCUCCUUCACAUCAUUCCUGCGAGUGCAAAGCGAGACACAGCUCUUGAUGAGUUUGCCAUCUCCAAGCUCCCUCUCAAGAAGCAAAACAUGAUUCGCAAGAAACAGGAGGCAUCUGCAAGUAUUUUUAACUGGAAUGCGCUUUACAUGAACCAGGACGCCGUCAACACAUCGGUUGCUGAGCGUCUUGGUGUUUCAAAAUCAGAACUUCUUGACCCAACCUCAUCCGAUGCUGCUAUCAAGCAGGCUAUCGCGGAGACGAGCGUCAUCCAAGAUACCAAAGCCUAUUUCGCCGCUAAUGGUGUGGACCUUGAGGCUUUCAAGUCAAAGAAGCGGGGUGAUACGGCCAUUUUGGUAAAAAACUUUCCUUACGGGACUACGAUCGACGAGCUCCGUAAGCUCUUCGAGGAAUCUGGGCCCGUGCUGAGAGUUUUGAUGCCCCCAAGCGGGACAAUUGCUAUUGUCCAGUUCUCGCAGCCCAAUUACGCCAAGUCCGCUUUUGGCAAGUUGGCAUAUCGCCGGAUUGGAGAUAGUGUGCUCUUUUUGGAAAAAGCGCCAAGCGACAUCUUCAGAGGCGGCGACCAACUGGACCAAGCCGUGUCACUAAAGGAUCGACCGGCUCCGACAGUCCAAAAUCUUAGCGUGGACGACUUGCUGUCACGCGGUGAUAAGCCGGAGGAGGAUUUGGAAACAACUUCACUGUUUGUGCGCAAUUUAAACUUUUCGACCUCCACGUCUCGGCUUGCAGAAACUUUUCAGUCCCUCGACGGAUUCGUCUCUGCUAGAGUCAAGACUAAGACGGACCCGAAGAAACCAGGGCAGACGCUUAGCAUGGGAUUCGGUUUUGUGGAGUUCCGGACGAGGAGCCAAGCGCAAGCUGCACUCAAAGUCAUGGACGGUCAUGUUCUUGACGAUCACGCCCUAGCUGUCAAGGCAUCACACAAGGGUCAUGACGCAGCCGAGGAGAGACGUCGGGAUGACAAGGCUAAGAAGACCGCUGGACAGCGCACCAAGAUCAUCGUCAAGAACUUGCCCUUCCAGGCGACCAAGAAGGACAUCAGGUCACUGUUUGGAACCUAUGGCCAACUUAGAUCGGUACGCCUCCCGAAGAAGGCUGACUAUACCCCUAGGGGUUUUGCCUUUGCAGACUUUGUCACUCCUCGCGAAGCCGAGAACGCGCUAAAUGCGUUGAGGGACACCCACUUGCUUGGUCGCAAGCUUGUCUUGGACUUUGCGGAGGCAGAGGCAGUCGAUGCUGAGGAAGAGAUUGCAAAGAUGCAGAAGAAGGUUGGAGGACAGGUCAACAAGAUGGCCCUCCAGCAGUUGACUGGAAAAGGGAGGACCCGUAUUGAUAUUGGCAAUGAAAAGGAUGAGCUGGAUCUUUGA